GACUCAGUUGGACUUGAGACAAGGUCAAAUAAAACAGUGGAAAAUUCGAAUCCGAACCUAAAAGCAAAAGUCUUUGUAGCUUUCAUUAAUCAAUCUUCGCUCUCUUGCUCGUUGCUCUCCAAUUUCCAGAAGGAUUAAUUUGCUUAUUAAAGAGUGAUCGGUGGGUGAGGCGUGAAAGAAGAAGAUGUGGGCAGCUUCGUGCCUGGCGUCGUGCUGCGCUGCUUGCGCAUGCGAUGCGUGCCGGACGGUGGUGUCGAGUAUCAGCCGCCGGUCUGCAAGGAUUGCAUACUGUGGGCUCUUUGCGCUUUCUCUGAUCGUCUCAUGGAUUCUCCGUGAGGUCGCAGCUCCCCUCUUGGAAAAGAUUCCUUGGAUUACUCAGUUUAAUCAGACACAUAACAGGGAGUGGUUUGAAACAGAUGCAGUGCUUCGUGUUAGUUUGGGAAAUUUUCUCUUCUUCACCACUUUAGCUGUUAUGAUGGUUGGCGUGAAAAGCCAGAAGGAUCCCCGUGAUAGUUUGCACCAUGGUGGAUGGAUGAUGAAAAUUAUAUCCUGGUGCCUUCUAGUGAUCUUCAUGUUUUUCAUACCAAAUGAGAUUGUUAGCUUCUAUGAGACAAUUUCAAAGUUUGGCUCAGGAUUUUUUCUCCUUGUACAAGUUGUACUUUUGUUGGAUUUUGUUCAUGGGUGGAAUGACAAAUGGGUUGGAUAUGAUGAGCAGUUCUGGUACAUUGCUCUUUUUGUUGUUUCUCUUGUUUGUUAUCUGGCAACAUUUGUCUUCUCUGGACUUCUUUUCCAUUGGUUUACACCAUCUGGACAUGACUGUGGGCUCAACACCUUCUUUAUUGUCAUGACUCUGAUCUGUGUGUUCCUUUUUCUCAUAGUCGCUCUGCAUCCUGCUGUAAAUGGCAGCAUUUUGCCAGCGUCAGUUAUAUCUAUGUAUUGCACAUACCUUUGCUACAGUGCACUUGCCAGUGAACCGAGGGAAUAUGAGUGCAAUGGUCUUCACAAACAUUCCAAAGCUGUUUCCACUGGGACCCUUACCCUUGGUUUGCUAACCACUGUUCUUUCUGUGGUUUAUUCUGCUGUUCGUGCUGGAUCUUCUACGACUCUCCUCUCCCCACCAAGUUCUCCUCGUGCAGGUGCUGGAAAGCCUCUGCUUCCAUUGGACAAGGCAGACGAACAUGAAGAAAAAGAGAAGGCAAAGCCAGUAUCAUAUUCAUAUUCGUUUUUCCACAUCAUCUUCUCUCUUGCUAGUAUGUACUCGGCAAUGCUUCUGACAGGGUGGACAACCUCAGUUGGGGAGAGCGGGAAGUUGGUUGACGUUGGGUGGCCAUCUGUGUGGGUGAGGAUUGUGACUAGUUGGGCAACUGCAGGUCUGUUCAUCUGGUCUCUUUUGGCUCCUAUUCUGUUCCCCGAAAGGGAAUUCUGAACCCUGCCACCACCAAAAUAGAGAUAAAGGGUUUGCUCAUCAGUGUCUCAAGUAUAUUUAUUGUGUGUAUGCAUCUUCUAUUGUACUUAAAAUACUAUCCGCUUUGUAAAUAGAAUGGUAUGUGUUGACUUUUGGAAUAACCAAUUGUGCUUGGUAAACUACAUGUUAAUGAGCAAAACAGUAUUAUCAGUGAUAUCCCCAAAA